UCUAACCUUCGCGUAGCCGGUCAGGUUAGACAACCCGACAGUCCACCCAAGGCACACUGGACUGACAAGGGAAACUCGUGAGUGCCCAACAAUCUGCCAGGUCACAGCGCGAGAGAGGAAUUAGAAAGAUGAAGAAAGAGUGAGAGGGAAGUCAAGCGAGCGAGAGGAAAGAUAGGGAAAUCGAUAAGUUUGGCGAUAAAAGGGCAGGAUGCGCCUGUACUCGCUCUUUUAGUUGAAACGGAAACCUGUAACAGUGGACUAAUUUUUUGAUUUCACCAUCAGCACAAUAAAAGCACAGUGUUAUCUAAAAAAAUCCACACCGUUUUCAACAUUUCAAAAAAUUAGUUUACCACUACUACCAGUGCGUGUCGUCAGUGCGGAAAAAGCCCUUAUACGCGUAUCAUAAAAUCGUUUCGCGGAACGGAAAAAUACAAUAAUUUGUGCGCGCGUGUGCUAUAGUGGAACGAUAUAAUGGCUCAACGUGAUUCGCAUCGUAUGCCACGGACGGAGGAAACCCUUGCAUCGAAUCCGGAUAUGCCCCUUGAAAGCGGCAACGUUUCCGGCGGGCUAAGGUACGAUCCAUCCACUCCGGGACCACCGCACGCUUUACCGUCAGAAGGAUGUACCCCGAGAAGCGUCAUCGCCUCAUUGAACGCUUCAGGUGAGCCGAGGUAUGAUACACCUACCCCGGGACCAUCGAACGCCGUACCUGCGGAAGGAUGCACUCCGAGCAACGUCAUCCCCGCACCGAAUGCUGUGGUGCUUCGCGAAGGGGUGCAAAGAAAGGCGGUAAGUUCCCCAAUCCACGAAACACAUUACACUGCAUACCAGGGCCGCGCUGAUGCUCGCGAAUCGCGACGACGACGGCUACAAGCACUUGAAAGGGAGAUAGCGAUGCUGCGGAAUGAAGAGGACGAUAGUGGCGCGCAAACACUGCGAGAUGCAGAAGACGAGAAUGGCGCGGCGGCCAUCGCGGAGCAUCCUAAUUACGGUGGCACGGGGGGGACGCAUUACCCGGAGUUUGCGGAGUGGGUGAAAGGUUUCGAGGAAUCCUUGCGUCGUACCUACGAAGCGGAAAAAGCAACAUCGCAAGGUCAAGCUCCAGGGGGGAACGACCUCGGUCAUCGCGCCAUUGCAGUCCCGGCACAACACACACAACCGAACACCGCAAUUACAUCGUCCUAUGGUGCACUACCGUCGCACACGAUGCAUCAGAGCUACGAAACACAACCGACGAACUCGAAGCAACAGAGAUACGUAACUCAGCCGACUUACGCAACGCCGAUAACGCAUGCAUCUCAGCCGAUUCACGCGACACAAACGCUUUCUCACGCAACACAUUCUCACCCGGCUUACACCAUACAGACACAACCGAUAUACACUACACAUUCACGCCCGAUUCACAUGAUACCACCACAACACGAGUAUGUCCAACCACUCUUCAACACCAGCGCGCUAAGUCAGAGCCAAAUAGCGGCCCGUCAACCAGUGCCCCACGACCUUCCGAUAUUCUCCGGUGAACCAGAAGCGUGGUUACUAUUCAUAGCCACAUACAACCGCACUAAUGCUGCGUGCGGCUACACGGAUGAUGAGAAUAUCGGUCGUCUACAGUAUGCGUUGAGAGGAGCGGCGCUCGAGGCGGUUGGAAAUCUUUUGUCCUUUCCGGCUGGGUUGAAGGAGGCGAUGGCGACCCUAAAGGCACGCUUCGGUAGACCGGAUCUGAUUGUGGAAUCCAUGACCGAUAAGAUCAGGAAGAUGGCACCACCGAAUGUUGACAAGUUGUCCACAGUGGUGGAAUUCGGUUAUGCGGUGAAGCGGUUGGUAGGAGCGAUGACGGCGUCCGGGUUACGCGGAUACAUGUACGACGUGGCGCUACUUAAGGAGCUGGUCAGGAAACUACCGCCGGUCUUAUGCAUAGACUGGGCAAGAACGAGGAGGCAUCUUGGGGAAGUGACGCUGGUGGAGUUUAGUCGGUGGGUGGGCGAUUUGGCGGAGGAUCUGUGCGGUGUCAUCGACGUGAUACCCGGGACAGGCGAUGCUGACCUUUACCGCCGACAACCAGAAUCGCAUCACAAUCGUAGUCAGCCACAGCGGUUUCAGACCCAUCGUGCCCCGCCAGCGCCUGUCGAUCGACGGCCGCCGGUUGGAACUGGACGCGUUCAUCCGGCCUACUGCAACACAACGGUGCUUAGUAACGCUCCUUCGACGAUAAACGCCACUGACUCGCUACCUGUUUGUACCCUGUGUGGCGGGGACUGUCCAGCUCUCGCCCAAUGCGAACGGUUCCGAAGAUCAACGGUUGCUGCCCGGAGGGCGUUUGUAAAUGAACGCAGGAUAUGCCGUAAAUGCCUUCGUUAUCAUGGAGGCGGAUGCAGCGUAAAAAUGCCGUGCGUAGUGAAUGGAUGCAACGGGCAACGCCACGAGCUACUCCUCCUGGAUGACCAGACACCAGCCAGCCCCAACCAGCGCGAUCUUCCAAAUGGUACAGUGGGCGAGUAGAUACGUUCGCUUUUUUAGAUGACGGCUCUACAUCCACGUUCAUGGAGCAUGAGCUACUUAAGGAGCUGGGAGUUAGCGGAACACCGCACCCGCUAUGUCUACAAUG